AGGGCGGGGCUCCAGCAUCAUCACCACCGGCCAUCACCGCUUCAUUGUAGGCUGCUGCUCAUCCACACACCGCCGCCKUGGAAGGCCGUUUCAGAUUAUCACAUUAGUGAAAAAUGAAGAUGGCGUGGACGUUGUUUCAUAUGUAUUAGGAUUUCACACUGAGGAUUCCCUCUGAGCCCUAAAGUCUAACAGGAGAAUGAGGAGGAGGAGGAACUGGAAAUCUCAGGAACAACUUGAAAGGUUUCUCUAGAGUCUCGAUGAAAGCUACAGGAGCUGUUCUCUAGACUGUUACUGAUGGCUAAGAAAGGUCGUACGAAGGGCGAGAAGCCUGAAGCCCUGAUUUCUGCCUUACAAGCAGCCAAUGAAGAUCUCAGGUCCAAACUAACUGACAUCCAGAUAGAGCUGCACCAAGAGAAAUGCAAGGUAAGCAAGCUGGAACGAGACAAGGUGCAAGAGGUAAAGCGGGCGCGAGAGCAGGAGCAGCACCGCCACACUGCCAUGUUGACGGAGCAGCGGGCCAAAUGGCACGAGGAGAAGCAGAAAGAGCUGCAGGCUCUCAGGGAAAACCUGACGCGGCAGCAUGAGCAGGAGCUGGCACGGCAUGCCAAGAUCAAGGACCAAGAGAACCAACGGCUCAAAACCGCCCUGAACGCCAUUCGAGAUGGCAGUGGAGAAAAAGUGCGCACAGCGCUGACCCUGGAAGCCAGAGAGGAGGCACGGCGUUUCUUCGACCAGGAGAGAGUGAAGCUCCUGCAGGAGAUAAUCGAGCUGAAGAACACCAAGAAGCAGACCGACGAGGCUCUGAGCAACAUGAUCCAGGCAGACAAGAUGAAGGCUGGAGACCUGCGAGUCGARCACCAGCAGCAUCAGGAGCAAAUCUCUAAAAUCAAGUGGGACUGUGAGAGGGACAUCCGCAGGCUGGUGGAUGAAAUCAAAUCUAAAGACCGCACCAUUUUCUCCCUGGAGAAGGAGAUGGAGUCCACUGCUGGCUGCCUGCAGAGGCUGCAGCUGCAGAAAGACGCCCUGGAUGAACAACUGUUCCUCGUCAAAGAGGCAGAGUGCGGCCUGGGAAGUCCAAAAAGGGAAAUCCCAGGAAGAGCUGGCGAUGGCGCAGAGCACUGUGGAAGCCCAGACCUGCGAAGAAAUCAGCGGCGAAUUGCUGAACUUAAUUCAACCAUACGCAAGUUGGAGGAUCGCAACUCGCUGCUGGUGGAUGAGAGAAAUGAACUACUAAAGCGAGUCAGAGAGUCUGAAAAGCAGUGCAAACCCCUACUGGACAAGAACAAGCUGCUGAAUAAGAGGAACGACGACUUGACUCAGAACAUUCAGAAACUGGAGGAGAAGCUGAAGAGCCUGACAAAGGAGAACCUUGAGAUGAAGGAGAGGAUAGGAUCCCAUCCUCCUCUGAAGAAGCUGAAGUCCCUUAAUGACCUGGACCAAGCGCAUGAUGACCAGGAAAUAGCCUUCCUCAAACUUCAAGUGCUGGAGCAACAAAGCAUSAUUGAUGAACUAACGAGAGAUCGUGAAAAACUGCUGCGAAAGAAGAGGCAUAAAAGAAGUUCAAGACCAGUGAAGAGACACAUCGUAGUAGACACCUUCUUUGGCUAYGAUGAAGAGUCGAUGGACUCUGAGUCUUCCUCAGUGGCGUCGUUUCGGAUGGACAGAACCCCAGCUACUCCUGAUGAAGACAUGGCCGAUGGGCUUGCAAAUGAAGAAUCUGAGUUACGUUUUCGCCAGCUGACCAGGGAAUACCAGGCCCUUCAACGAGCCUACGCCCUGCUGCAGGAGCAGAAGGGAGGCAUUCUGGAUGCAGAGAUGGAGGCCAAGGCUCAUGAGCAACUGCAAUCAGACGUGCUGCGGUAUAAAGCCAAGAUAGAAGACCUGGAGAAGGAACUAACCUUGAAGGGACAGGACUCCAAAUGGGUCGAGGAGAAGCAACUCUUCUUACGAAGAAAUCAGGAGUUGCUGGAAAAGGUGGAGAAGUUGGAGUCGGAAUGCAGUCGACUGCAGCAGGAGCUUCAGGACUCCAGAGACCAAAACGAGCUCCUGGAGUUCAGGAUACUGGAACUGGAGGAGCGGGAAAGGAGGUCUCCACCUUUUAACCAUUUGAGAAUGCACCCGUUCUCCGAGGGAGUCAGUGCUCUKCAGAUCUACUGCAUGAAGGAAGGAGUCAAGGUGCUUGUUAAGAAGAACUUGUGUGACCAAAAAGGAUAAAGAUUUAUUACAAAU